AUGAGGUGUUCACUUAUGCCUAGCUUAGCAAUCUCAUUAAAUCUCUCCCAAUCAAGCUUCAACAUUGUGUCAUAUGGAGCCAAACCAGAUGGCCAAACAGACUCAUCUGAAUCACUUACGUCUGCAUGGCAUGCAGCAUGCACGUCCACCUCAUCAUCAUCAACAAUCUACGUCCCCGCCGGCACCUUCUUGAUCAAACCAGUCACCUUCAAUGGCCCUUGCAAUACCAACCAUAUCAUCUUCCAAAUUGAUGGAACUCUCAUUGCAUCAUCAUCUUACAGUUCUAAAACUCAACAAUGGAUCAUGUUCGAGCACGUCAACGGCGUCUCCAUCUUCGGUGGUACCUUGGAUGGCCGUGGCCAGUCUCUCUGGUCUUGCAAGAAUUCCGGCCGUGGCUGCCCCGACGGCGCCACGUCUUUGAAGUUCAGUAAUUCAAAGAACAUUAUGAUAAGUGGAUUGUCAUCGGUGAACAGUGAGUUGUAUCAUAUUGUGAUUAAUGGAUGUGAAGCAGUGAAAGUCCAGGGAGUGAGGAUCAAUGCACCGGGGAACAGUCCUAAUACUGAUGGAAUUCAUGUUCAGAUGUCUAAUGAUGUUACUAUCAGCAGCACCGGCAUCAGGACUGGCGAUGACUGCAUCUCUAUUGGCCCCGGAACUUCUGGUCUGUGGAUUGAAGGCGUCUCUUGUGGCCCCGGUCAUGGCAUCAGUAUUGGGAGUUUAGGGAAAGAGGAUGAGGAGGAUGGAGUGCAAAAUGUGACAGUGAGAAACACAGUGUUUAAAGGAUCACAAAAUGGACUAAGAAUCAAGACAUGGGGAAGACCAAGCACUAGUUUUGUUAAGGACAUUAUGUUUGAGCAUGCAACCAUGCAGAAUGUUCAGAACCCAAUCAUUAUUACUCAGAAUUACUGCCCUGGUGAACAUCACUGCCCUGGUCAAAAUUCUGGGGUGAAAAUAAGUGGAGUGACAUAUAAUGAUAUACAAGGAUCAUCUGCAACACAAGUAGCAGUGGACUUUGAUUGUAGUGGGAGUAAUCCAUGCAGUGGAAUUGGAUUGGAAGACAUAAAACUCACUUAUGGAAAUAGCCCAGCCAAAGCUUCUUGCAUUAAUGCUGAUGGUUCUGCCUCUGGCUUUGUUAUUCCACCAAGUUGUCUUUAAUUUUCAGACUUAAUUAUGUAUGUAUCAUGUCUAAAGUUCAUUUUGUUGGACUUUGAGAUGUAUUUUCCUUUUUUUUUUUUUUCAA